AUGUCUUCCGAGCAUGAGCAUAUCGUAAUCGGCCAGUCGCCGGUGGGGAUGCAACGACUUAAGCAAACUAACAAGAGGGCGUUUUUGUGGAGUUUUUCUAUCCUUCUCUUCUUGUUCAAUUUCGGCUUCGAUGCACUUAUAUCCUCUCUUGCGACCGCCUAUCCUCAGUUCCGAGAGCAAUUCGGUAGCCUGUAUGAUGGCAAGUAUGUCGUAUCUGCGACAUGGCAGUCGCUCUGGUCUGCAGGCAAUCUACUUGGCGCUAUCAUAGGGAACUUUUUGGCAGGGGCAACAGUCGAUAGGUUUGGUCGUAAAUUCUGUUUCUGGGCCAUCUUGAUCACUUCGGUCGUUGCCUCGAUUGCGUUGAUCCUGGCCUCAAGCGUUAAGGUCUUGCUUGCUGCUAAGCUGGUUUUCGGCGCGACUAGCGGCUUAUCGUACACUGCAGCUCCGCUUUAUGCCACUGAGAAUUCCCCAGCGCCAAUCCGGGGUCUGUUGAUGUCGUGCUUCAAUUUGUUUGUCGUCAUAGGGCAGUUUGUCUCCGUUCUUCGGGACGCGUUCGCCAUCACGUUUCUCGUGCCCGCCAUUCUCUUACCGGUGAUUUGCUUUCUUCCCGAAUCUCCUGUUUUCCUGGUCAUGAAAGGGCGUGAGGGAGAGGCUAUUCGGGCAAUCAAGCGCUUCUAUGGGCCGCACCACGAGCAAACACCAAGUGAAGUCAUGGCUCAAAUCAAAAUCAAUUUACUAACCACUCACGAAACUACUACGAUUUCUCACUGGCUUCAAUUAUUCAGUCACCAACACAUCUUACGUACCUUGGUUUCGGUUGUGCUAGCAGUCAAUGUCAACACUAUCGGGACAUCCUUUGUAAUCGGGUAUCAAACCUAUUACUAUGAACUUGCUGGAGUUGCAAAUUCGUUUGCUAUCACCUGUGGUGCGUUUGCCAUCAUGACUGUUGGCAGUAUCACAGCCAUAUCCUGCGCUGAUCUGCUGGGGAAUCGCAUCAUAGUCGUUGGAGGCGGCUCGUUGCUGCCCCUCUGGAAUCUUCUAGCGGGCUCAUGCGGAUUUGCAGAUGCCAGCAAUCGUGCCGCUCUCAUAAUAACAGUAGUGCUGAUCGCUUCGUGGUCCUUUAUCUACCAUCUAAGUCUUGGGACGGUGUCGUACAUCGCCCUCGCAGAGAUACCUACUCAGCGACUCCGUCCACAGACGCAGGCUCUGAGCGCCAUUAUGGCAAAUGUCUUUGGAUUUGGAAUCAGCUUCUCGAUUCCAUAUCUGUUCAAUCCUGAUAAAGCCAACUUAGGUUCCAAGAUCAUGCUGAUCUACUUUGGUAUAAGUCUUCCUUUGGUGGCAUUCCUUUAUUUCUUUAUGCCUGAAACACGAAACAUGACUUUUGAAAUGAUUGAUCAACUCUAUGCAUCGAACCUCAGCCCGAGGAAGUUUGCGUCUACUUUUGUUGGGAAUGAUGUAACUGAGAUCAGUCUCACAGUUCCGAUAUAUUAUGAGUUCUAUGAUGUGCUGCAUGAUGCUGCUGAGCGCAAAGAAGAUUUUGCAGACAUUGAUGAAGAUAUCGCAAGUGCUGUAAGAGAGAGUAUCAAUAAGUACACGAAGUACUACACUUUCAUGGAUAUCUCCGACACGUAUUAUACUGCCCUGAUCCUAGAUCCUCGUAUAAAGGCAGAUCUCAUUGGACGACGAGGGGACACUGGCAGGAAUAUUCUUAAUGUCCUCCUUGACAAUCUUCAUGAAAAAUAUCCUAAGACUACAGAUCAGCAUACUAUGGCAGAGGCCCCAGAGCACAGCCAUAAAAAGCAGACAGUUGGCAGCUGGAUGUUAAAUAGAAAUUUCGACGAUAUCCGGGUUGAUGCCAUUGACAUGGAAGAUCCAAAUUGGCUAUUCGAAUAG